GAUAUAUAUUAUGUUAUAGGAAGAUUGAUUAAGGAACUUGUCCGUUAGCUAAUACCUCCAAGUAAAAAAUUGCUUAUUUGUUCCAUGUUUUCUUUAAAGUUUCCAUGAUUCUUAUGUGCGGGUCAAGUAAUGCCGUAUGUUAUUGUUGACCACCGGGUCAACUUGUAGCAUAUUAGAUUAUUAGUAGAUAUAUGAUCAUUUUUCACUUAGCACAUUCAUCGAACACUUGGUAGACGUUAUUCAACUACGUAGCAAUGGAGUACUUCAACAAAGCCAAAUCCGUGAAGCUUCGGAGCCACCUCGGCAAGUACCUAAUCGCAGACGAGGACGGCGAAGGCCUCUACCAGAGCAGAAAAAGCUCGGCGAAGAACGCAAUAUGGGAGGUGGAGUUAGUAGAAGGGAAGAGCCACAGCAUUCGGCUCAAGAGCUGUCACGGUCUGUACCUGAAGGCAACGGACACAGCGUUCCUUCUAGGAAUGACCGGAAACCGGGCGGUGCAGUCGGAGAUGGACGCAGCAGGUUCGAGUUGGAAGUACGAGUGGGAGCCACGAAGGGAAGGGUUGAGUAACCACGUGAAGCUGAGGAGUUGGUGUGGGACCUACCUUAGGGGAAACGGUGGCACUCCGCCUUGGAGGAAUUCAGUUACGCACGACGAUCCUCAUAGUUCCGCCACUCACUCUUGGAUCUUGUGGACUGUGGAGGUUGUUGACAACAUUAUAGUUGGAUCUUUUUCCAAAGAGAGAUAUGAUGAUGAUGCGGUUGUUUCUGUGGCGGCGCUUUCUGAUUCUUAUGUAAGAUCUCCGUCGUCGUUGCCGCUGUGUGAGGACCCCGCGGAGUUGCAGCUUACGUCGUCGGAUUCAUAUGUGGGUUCACCGCCGAAGAUGGAGGGGAGAACUAUAUACUACCAUGUUGCCGAGGAUGAUGGGGAAGUGGACGAUGAGAAUGUGCAGGGGUAUUCUCUGAUCUUCAAAGGGAACGGGGUGGAAGAAUUGACAAAGAAGUUUGAGGAGGAGACAGGGUUAGAGGGAGUUAUUGUGUGCAGUCGGAGUCCUUUGAAUGGGAAGCUUUAUCCUCUUCGAUUGCAGCUUCCUCCAAACAAUGUGAUGAUGCAGGUUGUUUUGGUUCUUCAAUCGUCAAAAGUUGCAAAAGACUUUGAGGCACAAGGUUUACUUUGAGUAGCGAGAUUUGUGGAGUCUUGAAUCAAUUACAUUAAUGCAAGGGCUAUGUACAUAGAGAUCCAAGCGGGUUCAAAUAUCAAUUAUACAUGUGAAAGCAUUUAAGAUGUUGCACUACUACACCAUCUUCAUUGCGUUGAAAAAGCACAAUUCAUUAAGGUCUUACCAAACCUUCAAUGGAGGUGCCCUAAAUUUUGCAUUGGCUAGGAUCAUAUCAGCAUAUUGUCCCCUUCUUCUGGUAGUAGUUGUUUUUAGGCUUCCUAUGUAUUUGAGCUAUAGUUAUAAGUAUAACUUAGUCAAUUCUUCAUGUGCACUACUAUUGUUUCAUUUAUUUCAUUUCAUUUGUAUUGUGGUAAAUUUUCUUUGAC